CUGAACUAGUGCAAUAAGUGAGUAUUAGAGUGAGAGAUAUUUGUCUCAAUUCAAUAUAUUGCAUUAGUUCAGCAGUGCAGCUACAAAGAACAGAUCACAAGCCACAGGCCUCUAUUAUAGCGCACUCCAAAAACCAUAGUCUGAGCAUAAUCUUCGCAAUCGAAUGUCGCUAACGUCAAGAAUCAUGUUAUGGCUCUUUUUAAGUUGUAUAAUGUAGUAAAUUGUAUAUCGUGUAAUCUGACAGUCGAAAGCAUCAGAAGCACACUUGCAGUCUGUAGCAAACCUACAAAUGUUUAUUGUUUCGUAAAACGAUUCUCUUCGAAACGCGUCAUGAAAGUACUCAAUGUUGCUGAGAAACAUGAUGCCGCCAAAAACAUUGCUGCCUAUCUGUCACGCGGUAACAAUAGAAAGAGAGAAGGUUUAUCUGUCUAUAAUAAAAUCUUUGAUUUUAACGUACAACUAUGGGGACAAAACUGCCAAAUGGUAAUGACAUCAGUGUCUGGCCAUUUGUUAGGUUUUGAAUUUAAUGGAGCCUAUCGCAAGUGGCAAGGUUGUCAUCCAUUGAGUUUAUUUGAUGCUCCGGUAGUCAAACAAUGCUCCGAAGAGAAUUACAUAAACAUCAAAAAGACUUUGGAACGAGAGGUACGGUCCUGUAAUGCAUUAAUUAUUUGGACAGAUUGUGACAGAGAAGGGGAGAAUAUAGGCUUUGAAAUCAUACAGGUCUGUCAAGCGAUCAAGCCAGAUAUUCGUAUUUAUAGGGCAAAAUUUUCAGAAAUUACAAAGCAAUCUAUUGAAAGAGCUCUACAAACUUUGGGAGAACCCGACAAAGCAAUGAGUGAUGCUGUAGAUGUAAGAAGUGAAUUAGAUUUAAGAAUUGGUGCGGCUUUUACCAGAUUUCAAACUUUGAGACUGCAGAAAGUGUUCCCCAACACCCUCGGGGAUAUGCUCAUCAGUUACGGGAGCUGUCAGUUCCCGACUCUUGGAUUUGUAGUCGAAAGGUUCUUAGCCAUCGAUCGAUUCAAGUCCGAGCCAUACUGGAAGAUCAGAGUGACAGACGAUCGUGAUGAAAUAUUCGUAGAAUUUCGAUGGGCCAGAGUAAGACUAUUCGAGAAGAUGCCAUGUCAGAUCUUUUUGGAUAUGUGUUUGGAACAACCGGACGCUACAGUAGAGAAAGUUACGUGUAAACCAAAGAGCAAAUGGCGACCCCUACCCUUGGAUACCAUUGAAUUGGAGAAGCAAGGAUCGCGCAAGUUGCGUUUGAACGCGAAAGAGACGAUGAGGAUAGCGGAGAGACUGUAUACUCAAGGUCUCAUAAGUUAUCCGCGCACGGAGACCAACAUAUUCCCGAAAGAAUUGAAUCUGGCUCCUUUGGUAGGACAGCAAGUGGACAAUCAGGCAUGGGGUAACUUUGCGCGCGGUUUAUUGGAGUCUGGGAUAACUCCCAGGCAAGGAAAGAAAAGCGACCAAGCGCACCCCCCUAUUCAUCCUACCAAGUAUAUCGGCAAUCUGCAAGGAAACGAGGCGAAGGUGUACGAAUUCGUGGUUCGGCACUUUCUGGCUUGUCUGUCGAAGAACGCGGAAGGUCGAGAAACAACGGUGGAGAUCGAUAUAGCGGGGGAAAAGUUCACGGCUAACGGUCUUGAGGUCGUAGCGAAGAACUAUCUCGAUGUAUACGUAUACGAAAAGUGGAACAACAAGCAGAUUCACUCUUAUCAACAGAGGCAGGUCUUCAGGCCUACCAGCAUAGACAUGGUGGAAGAGAAGACCUCACCGCCGAAUUUGCUAACCGAAGCCGAGCUAAUUGCUUUGAUGGAUAAGCACGGUAUCGGCACGGACGCCACUCACGCCGAGCAUAUCGACACUAUCAAAUCCAGACAAUAUGUAGGCCUAACAGACACUCAGCAUUUCAUGCCAGGAAAGUUGGGUAUUGGUCUGGUGAUGGGUUACGAUAAUAUGGGUUUCCAGAUGUCUAAGCCGGAUUUGCGCGCCGAUUUGGAGAAGGAUUUGCAACUGAUAUGUCAGCGUCAAAAAUAUCCGAACGAAGUAUUGCAGAAUCAAAUUAACAAGUACCGCGAGGUGUUCAGAGUAGCGAUGGAGCGCGCUAAUCUCAUAGACGACGCUUUAGCGCGUUAUCUCGAAGAAAGACCUAUUCAAAGUGAGGAAACGCAGUUCGCUCUUGUCGAAGACGUCAGCAUUUUCAAGUGUCCUAAGUGCGGCUCUAAUAUGGUCUUGAAAAACAGAAAGCAGGGCAGAGGAAAAUAUAUUAGUUGUAUGAGCUAUCCGGCGUGUACCAAUGCAAUCUGGUUGUCGGAAGCUGUGGAGGAUGUGGAAGCCUUAAGUGAGACGUGCGAUCAGUGUACAGAGAACGUGCGUAAAUUAAAGUUCAAGUUGGUCAGGAAUGUUAUACCCUUGUACGGUACUUCUUACACCACUUGCAUAGGUUGCGACUCCACAUUCAAUGAGUUGUUGAACAUUAGGGAAGAUUGUAUCCGACAAACUGGAAGAUCGAAUUACACCGUCCACAGUAAUACAUCGAGCUCUACUUUUACCUCGAGUACAUCUCGAAGUUCAGCUGCGACAAUCGGCUCUACUCAGCGACAUCAAUCGGUCCCUAACUUCUCUAGUACAAGACGUGUUCAAACUAAUAAUAACGAAAAUUCCAGCACAUCUAGAGGGCAUGCGCGAAACCACAGUACAGUGAAUAGAGAUACGACGAUAUCCAAUAACGGAGGAAACAUCGAUCUCCGGCAUAAUACAAAUCGUUUAGAUAACAGAUCGAAUCAAACUGCGUCCCGAAAUUUUCGUAAUACAGCAAAUAGGGCUAAUUGGGGUGAUAUAGACAGUAAUACCGAGAUUAUGUGCAACUGUCACGAGACCGCGAUUCAACUGACAGUAAGGAAAGAGGGGCCGAAUAAAGGACGCCUAUUUUACAAAUGUGCCAAGCCGCAAGGUAACGGCUGUGAUUUUUUCUUGUGGGCCUCAAAUAGCGAGGAGUCUCAAAUGAGCGACCAUUUCAAUCGGUUAACGGGUAGAAGUAACAGGAGUGCCGAAAGUAUUGGUCAUUCUUCUCGAGUUACUUCUAAUGUCGAUUGGGGAAAUAGCGCAUUGUCGAACGAUGUCAUGUGUCAAUGUAAUCAACCUGCUCGAAAACUUACAGUGCACAAAGAAGGCCCAAAUAAAGGACGACAAUUUUACGGCUGUUCGAAGAGUAUGAACUCAGGUUGUAACUUUUUUAAAUGGGCCGAUGAAAAUACAGAUUGGAACAAUUCUUCUACUGUAAAUAGCGGAAGAAGCAGAGAAUAUAAUAGUGGCAGUAAUGCUUCGAAACGGCCCAGAUUAACUAGCGGCAAGAGAAAGUGCGGAAUUUGCGGAAUCGAAGGUCAUACAAGAAGAACGUGCCCGGAAAAUGUAAUAGACUGACGAGCCAGUUUUCUUCAACACAACAUUGUAAAUAAUGUACAGUUUCAUAGUAUGGUUGAUUGUUACUUUGUAUAAAAGUUUACAUCAGAAAGAAGCAGAAUUCAACAAAGUCUUUAAGACUUGAACCAAUGCCUUUUUGAACCGAGAAGAUAUUCAUAAAUAUCAAACUGAAACAUUGUUCAAUCUUUUAAACAAGUACCUGAGUCGACUGGUAUUAAUUUAUAAAUGCUGUUUAGUUCCUAAGUAUAAGUAAUAAUAUUUAACAAACUAGGUCAAGAACCUCUU